CGACACUUUGCCAGAGUGCAACCAACCUCUCACUGUCAGCGCUCCUGCGGUCCAUUCGAAACACGGAACUCGGAAUACAAUUCAGAAAUGAUUCGCGUUUGAGACGGAUGGGUAACGUGGCACGGUUGUGUUGGUUAGAGUGUUGGACGUGAAGCCAAAAAAAUAUAUAAAAGAAAUUACAAAGAAAUAUUCUGCAUUUUUCACAGGGAGUCUGCCAGCCUACAUACGUCCUAGACUGAUAUGAGGAAUUUCGGUUAGUGCAAAGUGCGUAAAAAUAUUAUUGAGUUUUGCAAAAGCCAAAUGCAUCACUCGGUCGUUUACUAUUUGGCGUUGGUGAUCUGUGUUGGUUUGCUCCGCAGUACUUCAGUUCUGAGGUCGUUGAUACUUUCGAUUCACUAGCAGACCCCCUCGCAGCAGAUUAGACAAGCGUGCAAAAAACACGUCUACAGCUAAAAAUAGCAGACCAAAAAAUUGCUGUUGUUAAAAAUAAUUCGCUCGGAGCAUUCGAAACAAGUGAAGUGACGUGAAUUGUAAGAUUUCGUACGAAAAUAAAUACCGUACGCAUUUUUCGAGUUGCAAUUGUGCUCAAAAGAUUACAAAAUGAGAUGUUAAAAUAAUUAUAGUAUAUGCUUCGAUGCAUACAUACAUACAUACUACAUAGGUGGGUAAUAUGAAAACACAAAAAAGUUUCAUAAUUUAAAUUUUGUCUCGAAGACGGCAGUGCUGGCGUAGCUGAGGCGCUUUGGCUAAGGCAAGCAGGCAGGCAGGCAAGGUGGCAAAAACCCAAUGUGACAGUUGUGCAAUUUAUGAAAAGGGUGUAGUGACGUGUAGACGAGUGCUCGGUUCACAUAACUAUAAAAUUGCAACAACAACAAAAGUAUACUUAUAUUAAAAGAAUAUUUAGUAAAAUAAAAUCAAAAUCAACAAAACAAAAUAGAAUUUCUAGCUCGCUAAUACACACUGAAACCUUGUAAUUGCAGAUUUAUGUGACACAUGCGAACAAACCAAAAGCAAAGAAAGAAGCAAAGACCGAGGGGUGCAACGUGUUUUGUGUACACAGUGGGCAAACACAUACAUACCUACAUACACAUAUGUACAUAUGUAUGUACGUAGAUUGAUUUGUUUGUUCAUAAAUACCAACCAGUGAGUGUUUCAUAAAAUUUUAAUUUAGUGUGUAAUGAUUUGUGUGCGAUUUGUUUGCUGAAGUAACUAAAUACAACUAGCCAAGGCGAGAAGAACAACCGAGCACAGAAACAAGCCCCUUCUAAAUUUCUUCUGCUGAGGUGCAUGUCAGUAAAUCCCGAUUGCUGAACGGAGAGGAUGACAGCUGCAGUUAUGGCUACCGAUACGAAUUGGGAUCCCGCGCUUUCGAAACUCAUUACAUCACUAAAGGAGGCGGAAAAUCUCUCCAAUGACCAGGAAAUCGAUUUCCUUAAAGCGCUACUCGAAUCGAAGGAACUGAAUGCGCUCGUCAAUGUGCACACCAAAGUGGCCAAAGUGGGUCGAGACGAUCGACUGGCGCCGGUGCUCUCCACAUCCGGACAGAUAUUGUACGAAGUGCUGGAGCAGCUAUCACAACGCUGCCACCUGAGCGAGGAGUGCAAAGAGGCCUUUCAUUUGUUGCAAGAAUCCCAUUUACAGAGCCUUUUGUAUGCUCACGAUGCCAUUGCGCAGAAGGACUUCUAUCCACAUCUGCCGGAAAUACCGAUUGAAAUGGACGAAGAUGAGGAAACAAUUAAAAUUGUGCAGCUGGUGAAAAGCAAUGAGCCAUUGUCCGGAGCACAAAGUGCGGAACCGAUUGUUGGCGCCACAAUCAAAACGGAUGAAGAAACUGGCAAAAUAAUUAUUGCGCGUAUCAUGCAUGGCGGUGCUGCCGAUCGUUCUGGACUGAUACACGUUGGCGAUGAGGUGAUCGAGGUGAAUGGCAUUAAUGUGGAAGGCAAAACACCAGGGGAUGUGCUGAGUAUUUUGCAAAAUUCCGAAGGUACGAUCACUUUCAAGUUGGUGCCGUCAGAUGGCAAGGGUGGCCAGCGCGAGUCUAAGGUGCGUGUGCGCGCGCACUUUGACUACAAUCCAGACACGGAUCCUUAUAUACCUUGCAAGGAGGCCGGACUGGCGUUUCAACGUGGCGAUAUUUUGCAUAUUGUAUCGCAGGACGAUGCUUAUUGGUGGCAAGCUCGCAAAGAGUCUGAACGCACUGCCCGCGCUGGUCUGAUACCCAGUCGCGCGCUGCAAGAGCGGCGUAUUAUGCAUGAACGUUCACAAUUGGAGGCGAAUGAUGCCGACUCAAAGAAGGGCUCUUGCGCUUCCAUAUGCACCACCCCGCCCGGUACACCCAUAUUGCAUACUAGCAGUAGCACCACCUCAUGUCGCCAGCCUAAAACUAAAAAGAUUAUGUACGAUUUGACAGAAAACGAUGACUUUGAUCGUGAAAUGAUCGCCACAUAUGAAGAGGUAUCCAAAUUAUAUCCACGUCCGGGCGUUUACCGUCCUGUAGUGUUGAUCGGCGCACCAGGCGUUGGUCGCAACGAGCUGAGGCGUCGCUUAGUGGCGCGUGAUCCGGAAAAGUUUCGCAGCCCAGUGCCAUAUACUACACGUCCGAUACGUACCGGCGAGGUAGCUGGUCGCGAAUAUAUAUUUGUGGCUCGCGAAAAGAUGGAAGCGGAUAUAGCUGCGGGCAAAUUUAUCGAGCAUGGCGAAUAUAAGGGCCACUUAUAUGGCACCUCUGGUGAAAGUGUGAAAUCGAUUGUGAAUGCCGGCUGUGUCUGUGUGCUGAGUCCACACUAUCAAGCUAUCAAGGCAUUACGCACCGUACAAACGAAGCCCUUCAUUAUCCAUAUAAAACCACCGGAAUUCGAUGUCUUGAAGAAGACACGCACUGAGGCGAGAGCCAAGUCGACGUUUGAUGAGAGCAAUGCUCGAGGUUUUACGGACGAAGAAUUCAACGAUAUGAUCAAAUCAGCUGAACGCAUUGAUUUCCUCUACGGCCACUUCUUCGAUGAAGUCAUCGUGAAUGGCGAACUAUUGACGGCCUUCGAACAGCUAAUGAACACAGUGCAACGCAUAGAGAAUGAGCCACUGUGGGCACCCGCUGCGUGGGUACAAUAGAAUGGCUGACUGGCUGUGCAACAAAGCGCGAAACAACCAGAAAAAAGACAAACACUGCUGAUGAAUAAAAAAAAAUAAUAAUGUUAAAAAUGCCAAAAACUAGUAAAAACAAAAGGAGUACAUACAUAUGUAGCU